CACAAGCUCAUCUGCCAAUUCACAAACCUAGAAACCCACCCUGAAGCAAACAAGUCCCAGCUAAGAAGGUGCUCAAAUGGCGUCCCAGCUGGUUGAGAGCCACCGUGCCGGCGCCGAGGUCCACAAGGGGAACGAUAUCUGCAAGAAGAAGACCAUCAAGAUUCUCGAAGUGCUUGGCCUCCGGAAAGGCCUCUUUCCUAUGGAUGACAUCGAGGAGGUCGGGCACAACUGUGAGAGUGGGUUUGUGUGGAUACUUCAGAAGAAGAAGAAAGAGCACACGUUCAACAAGCUCAACCAGACCGUCUCCUACGACACUGAGGUGACCGCUUUUGUGGAAAAGGGCAAGAUGAAGAAGGUCACCGGGGUCAAGAUCGAGGACAUGUCUUUGGUCGAGGUCUGUGUGGAUGACUCUUCUGCUGAUAAGGUUACCAUCAAGGCCGACACCGGUCUGUCUGACACUCAUGAUGCGGUCGUGUUCGCUCUUGGGGAAUAGGGAGCUACUAGAUGAAAAGGCCAGAAAAAUAAAGUCGUGAAUGGUUCGGCACUGCAGUUCACAUGUUAUGCACAAGUAUAUGUUUCCGUUUUCUUUGUAAUCUAAUAAGGGCUGUUGCAUGGAUGUUGCUUCCUUUCCGCCCAUGUUAUGCAGAAAUUUAUGUUUCCAUUUUCUUUGUAAUGUAAUAGAGGAUAUUGCAUGAACGUU